AUGUCUGCAUCAAAUAUAGUAACAGAGGCUGUUAAUAACAAGGUCUUGCCAAGUGACAAGAGUGGUCUCCCCUGGGAACUUUGGCAGUUGAUUCUGUCAUGGCUGUCAGCUUCUGACCUCUGUCGUGUAUCUUGUGUUUGCAAGACGUGGACAGAACUGGUAGCUAGUGUUGACUCGACACGAUGGAAAGAACUUUAUCUUGGUUGUAGUGAAUGGCGUCAUCCAUUCUGGCCUCUAAACAUCCAGACAGAGCCUCCUUCCUGGCAACUGGCUUACCGAGACCAGUACACCUCCACCAGGUUUUGGAGUCACCGAAGGAAAAGAGAGACCAAAAAUGUAACAUGCACAUCUCUAUUUAAGAAAAGCACCUUCCAAAGAAGCAUCCACGUUGGUCCAGGUCUACCCCAGGAAAGCUUGAAGGCAGCACUGUCCAUUGCAAGUGAUUACGAUAGAAUUGUUAUGCAUCCUGGAAUCUAUGAUGAGCAGCUGGAGGUCUUGAUCAAAGUUCCCUUGGAGUUGGUGGGGUAUGGGGAGUUGGGAAGUGUGAUUCUGAACAUGGGUAUCAAACAACUGUCUACCUCAACAAGACUGACUGGCUUGGUGCUCAGAGCACCCUGGUUUACAAGUUUCAUCAUCAAUGUCAACUCAGGGUAUCUCCAGAUCGACAACUGCAUUCUGGAGGACGGAGUUGUCUGCUGCAGGAAUCCUUGCACAGUUUUCAUCAAGUUUUGCUCCUUUCGGCACUCAUCUGUCAUACUACAGCACAUGAAUGUGGGCAUUAUAGAGAACUGUGAGUUCUCCCAAAGUGGAGGGGCUAACAUUUUUAUUGAAGGACACCCAAAGGAAGAGAGAAGCUGGGCUUACUCCUUCUUGAAGGAGCGUAUGAAUGCUGUUUAUCAGCAGAGAAGAUCACGGCACAGAAAAAAGCUUGAGUUGAAAGAGUCAUCGAGUGUAACUUCAACAAUUCAGUCAUCUUUUACUGCAAAAUCUCAGUCAGGCCCACUUUCUGAUGUGGUUUUCCAAGAAGCAGGAUUGAACUUUGAAGCACUGGAAGAAAGUCCUUGGAAAUAUAAUGUUCCAGGGCCAAAUUAUUUUCAUCCAAAGGAGGAUAACAUGAUUGGCUGUGGAGAUAUUCAUUCUGUGUAUGAAGAUUGCAUUUUAUUUGAACAAGCAGGAGUAGCUUCUUCAUUAUUAACUGAUGGAACAAGAAACACAACCAAACAGAGCAAAACACAAAGUGCCUGCCUUGAAAGUUCAACUAAUAAUUCACAAUUUUCAGAUAAAGUGAGUGUUUUCAACUCAGGAGCAAAUAACUCUGAAGAAAUAUUCAUUCAGGAUAACUAUAAAAUAAUGGAACUAUCAGAAAGCAUUACUGAGAAUGAACAUAAAGCAUCUACUGAUGUGUCUUCUUUGCAGCGGGUGUAUGAAAAACAGUGCACCCAUUCUGCAGAAGAGAAACAAUCUUGUAAAAUUUAUAACUUUGAGAAGAACAAUUCACUGACAUCAGGUUUCAUUUCAUUCGAAACCCUCUCACAUUCUAAUAUUACUGAUCAUUUGUCUUUGAAAAAGGCUGUUCACCGUAAAAGUAUUGAUAGCCAUAUUAGUUUUCAUCUGAAUGAAAACAUAUCUGACUCCCAGCCUGUGCAGGGAAAUGUUAGUAAAGGUGAUGAUGAACAUAUUAUUGGGAUUUCUCAUAUAACUGACUCAUCCACACUGUCAGCAGACGCAGCUUAUAGCAGGCUACCUCCCAUUCCAAAAUUGUCACCAGCAAAAAUCUCUUACAAAGGGGAACAACCAGCAGGGAGUCCGGAAAUCAGAAAUAAAAAGUCAAAUCAAAGUAUUUCAGUAAAUAUAAAGCAUUCAAAAAAUAUAGAAAUAGCGGAAAAGAAUACAAAUGAGACUGUUAAUGUGUUAAAAGAUACCAAUCUGAGGCACUUGUCUCAAAAACAGAUUCUGAAUAGGCCAAGAGACACAAAGACAUCUGACAAAGUGAAAACCUGCAGCAUUGAAAUAGAUAUGAGUUUAACAGAUCAAAUUAGUGGAAAUCAAAACUAUCUGGAUAGGCCAACAGAAAACUUGAGCACCAGCCUAAACAGUGAUUCUCGUGAAUUUGAUAAUGAUAGUGAUUAUCAUCACAAAAAACUAGUUUUGGAUAGCCUGGCUACAUCGGAUCAAAUUUCCAGAGAUGUUUUUCCAAAUCAGUUCCCUGAUGGUUGUUGCAACUCUCAAUCUGAAAUUGCUUGUGGCAAUAACAGUAUAACGAAAGAAUCCUUUGGGCCUGCUUGCUGUAAAAAUGAUGAUCCAAAUCAGCUAGUUAGUGGCCAAAAGGAAUUACAAGUUGAUGAUAACAUCACAGAUUUCAAAUCGCCAAGCUUAGAACACUGGGAUAAUUUCGGUAAUAAUGUUUUACUGGGUCAGCCUGAAGGGGGACAACCUCCUUUAAGACGAUCUCAGAGUGAUGAGGUACUGAUGGAAUCUGGUGAUGACCUGUCUAUUCUUGAUGAGAUUGAGCAGUCGGAUGAUUCCAGUGGCCCAGAAAGUGAGUAG